GUGUGUUACGCACGCAACGUUUCUACGUAUUCGUUAUGUGUGCCUCCACAAUCGAACAUAUUUUAGAACGUCUUUGUCAAACCAAUAGGCUCCUGUGUCUAAUCCUUACCAACAUAAAAUUGUAGACUUAUAUGAGACCUAUCUAAAGUUAUAUUACCUGAAUAACUGCUACGAAAUGAGCUGACCCGUCGUUCUUAUUAACUGCUCCUAAGUUCAAUGUGUUUUAACAACUGAUACGCAACUUACGUAUUUAACUUUUUGCAACACUAGCACACCCGUGACGAUCGUCAAGCUCAGUGAGUUUGGCUGUAUAAAUUCGAAUUAGAAUUGGGGCAGUAUUCUUUGCUAAGCGGCCAACUGUGAAGUUUUUUCGUGGCUGCCUCGACGCAGCGCUCGUUGUACGUCUGUAAUGAAUAAUCGUAGCUCUUGCCCUCGGCUUGACAGUGCAAGCCGAAACGGACGUUCUCAACAACGACGAAAUGACCCAACUACGUCGAACGAUUCUGAAAAGAAGGCAUCGCUGUUUUCUCGUGGAUUCUUGCGUCUGCUAAGGCACAUACGUAAGCCUUCAUGGCUUAUCGUGUUUCAAUUGCUGUUCUCCGAAGCGACCUUGCCAGGUCUGAAGGACGUUUUCGGUUUUAGUCCUCCGCUGGCCAGACUGAUGUUCGCUACGGUGUUCCUCUAUCUUGUCCACACAACUGUUACCGACAUUAGCCAGCUGGUUAUCAGCUAUUUAGCGUACAAUACAUCAUUACAGGUGAAAAUCGAAGAACCCAAGGACGGUCCUAUGAGCAUGCCAGCGGUUACCAUUUGUAACCAAAAUCCAUUGCUGCUAUCAAAACUUUGUUUACCCGCAAACCGAAACUACAUAGAGACAGAGACUAAUAAAACGUGCAAUCAACCCAAUUGCGAAACCUUCAUAAGUGUAUUUUACGAAAGACUGUGUCUUCGUGGUGACGCGGAACGCGACAAGCUUCGGCUCCUAUUUGGAUCUUCUAAAGGUCAACUUGCUGCAGAAAAAGCCAGGAAAAUGUUCUUCGAAUGGUAUAGUGCGUUAAUGGGCUUUGAAAAAGGUCGCGAAGUUUUGACCGAACUCAGCUAUCCGGAGAUAGCUUCUACCGUGAAUGCGUGUUUCUUCAACGGGGUAGAUUGUCGCUCACUCAUCACAAAGAGUCUUCAUCCGUUCUACGGGGUGUGCUUUUGCGUAUAUUGCAAAUCGCAAGUAGAGGUAACAACAUUCGAGACACCUACGAAUGGACUGAUGCUAAACCUGAAGGUCAAUGAGGACGAAUAUUUACCCAUGAUACCCAAUGCAGGUCAUUUGUUGAUGAUACAUAAUAAGGAUGAGCAGAUUUCCGUAUCGGAGGAUUCCAUACCUGUUUAUCCCCUCGCCACCACGUAUAUUGGCUUACAGAGGGAGCAGCUUAUUCGCCUGCCAGCUCCCUCGAACUACCCCUGCACAGAAAGUUAUCCGGCAGAGGUCGCUGUUCAUUUGACUUCAGAAGAUAAACAGAAGUAUUCGAAACUGCUAUGUCAAGAUAUGUGUACACAGAUGGCAAUUUACCGCGAAUGUAGAUGCAUCGAUUUCAAGUAUCGUCUACCGCAAAACCUGGCAGCGACCGAAUGCUCUUACGUUCUGGGACAGCCAACGGGGAAGAACGCCCGUCACAAUGACACUCUCAGAUGUGCCCGUGAGACGGCCCGCAGGGUAGAGAAAGCUACGUUCCGCUGCGGAUGUCUUCCACCAUGUCAAGUAGAUUUCUACCACAAGGUAAUUUCAGCUCUGUUUUGGCAUCCUGACGUGCAGCGUGAGUCCCUUGGCGUGGAAAGAUUGUGUAAUUCAACUGUAUACGUGUACAUGCAGUCAAACAAAAUCACCGUUCGUCGUAAGGUGAUGCAGAUCUCGCCGAAGGACUUAUUGAACUCGAUCGCAGGAACAAUGGGUAUCUACCUUGGCUACUCGUAUUUAUUCGCCUUUUAUAUCAUCGACAUACUGGUCCGAGGCGUCGCAGAAAUCGUAUGUUGGCAUAUUUUUAAGGCCAAACAGCUAGCACGUUAUGAGGACGCGCGACUUCAGGCCUAGUAAGCACUAAUCACAAACAAUCUUGUGCAUCUAUAGAGAACCACCGACGUAUUCUAGUUAUAGAGGAGUCAUUCUGGAUCGUAAAAGAUAACUAUGCCGAAUUUCACAGGCUUGAACUGUGUAAAAACGUCGUCAGCGAGAACCGUUAGCUUUCGAGAGACGUUGAAUUUUAAGCUAGCCCAAUGUUUUGCCUGUAUAAGAAUUCUGAAGGCCGUAGAGAAACAUUCAAGAUCCUAGCAGAAAUUCGAAGCUUGUUUUCUAACAAUGUUUCCACUAGUUCCGUUUAUAUCAGAGUGCAUUGUAACAGUAAAGAUAGCAACAUACUGGUCUGUGAAAAAUUUCAAUUGUUUAAUUAUAGAAAUUAUAAUUGGUGAUAAUUAUUUAAAACGGUGCGUUUUUGCGAGACGCAUUGCUUAAACAAUGUUAACAAAUAAGGACCAAGCUCAGAAAAACUAUUAGCAGAGCCGAUAACGUCCAUUAGUUAGAUCGAAUCAGACAUUUGUUCCUGAAACAGCUCCUGAUCCACCUUUUUUCAACCCGAAGCCAUUUUUAUAAUAUUUGAUUGAUUUCUUCAUUUUAUACGAAGCUCGGCAACGCUCAGAUACUGAGCGUCGUGGCAGAACACCAUCAUAACAUAUCAAAAUGUCAUAAAAAUUUA